AUGUCCGAUCUUACCUCUGAUAUUCCUUUUGAAUCUCAACAAACGCGCGUAGCUGGACAAAUAGUUCCUGACGUUAAUGACGGUCGAGCUUGUCCCGGAAAUUUAGACCUUAAUAAUGGAACUGAAGAUCAGAAUGAUAAAGGAAUCGGAGAUCUUAUAGAUCUUAAUGAAACUGUAAUCGUAGAGGUUAAUAAAAUUGAAGACAUAGAUAGAAGCACAGGGAACAAUGAAAAUUUAGAUAUUGAAGAAGAGAACUGGGAAGAAAAUAAAUUUAGGGAUGAAGGUGAAUGUAAAUCAAAUGAGUGCAUUAAUGUUUCUGUUGAGCAAAAGGGUGAAGAGGCAAAUAUAUCUUACGAACAGAAGAACGUAGAGGAGAAUGAACGAGACCAUUUUAAUGAUGCGAAGAGCGUAGAUGUAGAUGGUGAUAAAGAUGAAAAACGUGGUGAUGAACAUGACGCAGAAGUUUAUCAAGAUAAUUCUUCAGUAUUGGAAAACUUCUAUCCGGAAUCGAAAAACGAACAAUCUCAUGAAGAAAUUAUAUGUCAAGUUGACACAAAAAUUACGGAAUGCAAAACAGAACUUAAUCAACAAAUUUCAGAAAGUGGCUCAAAAAUCUCUACAUUAUUUACACUUUUAAAUCAAAAAGAUGAACAGACCCAAGAUAUGUUUCAAUCAUUAAAGAACGAAAAUAAAGAAUAUGUAGAUAAUGCUGUUAGCUCGACACAAAAGUUUUAUGAAAAUAUUAACACGAAAAUUUCCGAUCUUAAACUUUCUUUUGUACAAAAGUCUGAAAUGAAUGAAUCAUUGCAAAAAAGCAUUGAAGAUGUGAACCAAAAAAUUACGUCAAGCACCGAUAACCUUGAUAGUAAAAUUGAAGAACUCGAAGAUCAAUUAAGUGAUCUAGAAGGUCGCGAUGAACAAUUGGAGAAUAGUCUCUCAACAGCGAUAGAUCAAUUACGAGAAGAAAUUGAAUCAUCGGUAGACGGAAUCACGAAACGACUUGCAGAAGACAGAGCAGCCAAAUGGCACCAAAUUGUUGAGGCAGUAAAAGAGGAAGCUCAAAAAAUUAUGGAGCGUAUUGAUAUAGUAGAGUCUUGUGAAGGUAUUUUGAGAAAAGAAUUGGAAGAAAAUUUCAAUAUGAAUAGAAAAGGGAUAGAAGAAGUUACUUCUGAGCAAAGUCGUUUGAAGAAUGAAAUGGAAAUAAACAACAAAUUAAAUAAGAAAAUGAUUGAAGAAAUUGCUUCUGAACAAACAAUUAAUGAGAAAUUUCAUAAAGCGAUUAAUUUAAAUAUUCCCGAAUUUUUCGAAAAAGUGAAAAAACAAAUUGAAGAAGUAAUACAAAAAUAUGAAAUAAAACUUAAUGAUUUCAAGAAUGAAUGUAAUAAAGAACAAGAAGAAUUUAUGGAAAAAAUUAGAAUUAUGUCAGAAAAAAAGAUGCAAUUUUAUGAGGAGGAAAUCGAUCGAUUAAAAAAUUCAAAACGUUCAAUGAAACAACUGUUAGAAAAAAAAGACGUUGAAAUUAAUGGUCUUAAAGUUAAUGUAGCUCAAUGUGAAACUUUAAAUUAUAAAUUGGAACAAGAGAAAACAGUUUUGGAAAGUAAUUUAAAGGAACAGGAGGUUCGAUUUUAUGAAUUUGAUAAACGAUAUCGUAAUAAACAACUUUCGAAUGAAGAGGAAUUAAACCGAACCAAAGAUGCAAAUAUUAGACUUGAACGACAACUAAAUAUUGUUAAAUCUAAGAAGAAAUUAUAUAAAAGAUGGAUUUAUUUUCUGAUCUCGUUUCUUAUUGUUUCAAUUGCAUACAUUUUCUUCGUGUCUUUUGAUAAUAGUAACUUACUUUACCAUUUUACCAUGGGUCAAACACCUUAA